ACUGCUGGGUCGAAUAGUGAAACUACUUUUAGAGGAAACGAUUCUAAUAAAGUUCGCACUGAUAUCACACCGACAUUCCCUCCAGAUUUAACGAUAAACGAUCUCAUCAAAAAUGUUAUAAAACCAAACGCACUUAAAAGCGUUAAAAUAAAAUCACCCCCAAAUUCUUUUAUCGCCCGUUGUGGAUAUAUCUAUGCGCAAACUUUAUCAAGUAGAUUACUUACGAUUGAGGAUUCCGGUGCUAUGUGUCCUCAUUUUGAUAACGGUUCAACUAGCAUUUCUCAAGUUGGAACCUAUCUCAAUCAUAACUUUUUAGAAGAUCCUAACGAUCAAGUGUAUAAGAAAUUGCUG